UUGUAAAGUUGGAAAUUCUUUAGAAUAAACUAUAUCCAUAAUAUUAAGUGAUGAAAAUGGAUGAAAAUCCUCCGCAAAUCAAAGUUGGUGAUUAUAUUAUAAUUCAGAGACAAAAAUAUAUUAAAUUGCAUAAAUUUAGCAGCCUUGAGUCAACAGCAGCGCUGGCCAAUGAGCAACUUGAACUUCGCAAUAUUGAAGGGAAACUUUACUAUUCCACAUUCAAAAUGAUAGUGCAAGAUAAAAAAGGAGGACAUGGAGGAAAAAAACGCUUGAAUAGCUUGGAAUUGUGUACAGAAAAUGAAAUGCGGAAUAUUCGUGAAAUAUUAAAUAUACAGGAAUGUGGGGAAGAUAAUCGCAAUAUAACAGCCAGUGGAAAUGCACAAAAUUUGAAAUCAGAUGAUAUUUAUAAACUAAAAGAUGAAUGCUCUGGUUCUGCCGAAAUAUUAGAAAAAAUUGUUGAGAACUCCAAAUCAUUCGCUUCAAAAACAGAAUAUUCGCAAGAAAAAUAUUUGAAAAAAAAAGAAAAAAAAUAUUUUGAAUUUGUACAAAUUCGGCAACCAACUAUUCGGCUUCUAGCUGAAAUAUUUUACCGAUUAGAUCCAGACAAGGUAAUGGGAAUUCGAAUGGACACCCUUUCUCAAAUUAUUUCCUAUUCUGGAAUAUGUGGGUUUGGAAAAUUUUUGUUAUAUGAAUCAGGAACCAAUGGAUUGUUGCCAGCAGCUUUCCUAAAUUCAAUGGGCGUCGGAACCGAAGCUCAACUCGUACAUAUGCAUCCUGGCAAUAUAUGCCAGAAACAGGGAAUUUUGGCAAUGAAUUUCCCCACUGAGCUUUUAGAUAGGUGCAUUUCAGUUAACAUAUAUUCAGUAUUACGAGAAUAUUUCCAAAAUGCCUCUAAUUCAAAUAGUUCUGAUGAAUCGAAUCAAAUAUCUGAACCACCGUUUAAGAAACAAAAAAUGGAAAAAGAAAAUACUGAAAAUGGUGUAACUAAAAAAAGCUUAGAUGUUUUAAUAGAAGAAAAAACUGAGCCUCAAAAAGUUCCACAAUGGCAUAUAGCUAAUCAAAAUGCGUGUGAACUUAUAAAAGAGAAAUUUGAUUCUUUAAUAAUAGCAUCAAAGGAGCACCCCUCAAAUAUAUUGAAAACUUUGCUUCCGUUUUUGAAACCUUCAAGACCUGUUGUAAUAUUCAAUCUUUCUAAAGAAAUUUUAGCAGAAUUGUAUGUUGAGUUGAAAACUCAUUCUAAAGUAACUGAUCUACAUUUGACUUCUACUUGGCUCAGAUAUUUGCAAAUAUUACCCAACAGAACACAUCCUGAAGUUAAUAUGAAUGCGAAUAGUGGUUAUCUUUUACAUGGCUAUACUGUAAAUACUGAUUCAUAGCUGAUAUUAAAUUAAAACAGAAUUUUAUAAAUAAAUGAAUUAAAA